AUGUAUCAGUGCUACAGUUCGGAGGAUACAGACCUCGCCGAAAAGAGGGCCAGUCUCUCCUACUACAAACGGAAGUACGAGCCGGAGACAAGGGUCUGGAGCAAGCGACUAUCUGUGUUUCCCGAUAAAGAUGACUCGAAGAGGCGGCAGAUCAUGUUCCCUAGGAACAAUGCCUGGACGAAACGGGCCAGCUUGUCCUACUACAAACGAGACGAUUUGCCUGACUGGCUGCAAGACAAUGAUUCCACUUACUAA